AUGAUUGACUUCAUUAAACGCGUGAUUGUAACUCAAAAAUCGACAACGCUUCUUGAGUCAGAGCGCUAUACGUUUGAUGUGGAUGUACAUCUUAAAAAGACCGACAUUAAAGCUCUUGUAGAAGAUCUUUAUGAUGUACAGGUUAUUUCAGUGAACACACAUCGUCUCCCACGAAAGAAAUCAGCAUUUGGUGGUGUUCGCCCUCGAACAAAGCGCGCCAUCAUUCGCUUAAAAUCUGGAGACUCAUUACCUAUUUUUGAUUAA